UCUCCCUCCUCCCCCCCGGUCCUCUAUGCUCAGUUCGGUGUGUGUAUCCUCUUUCAAAGGGCGCAAGGGUGGGAACAAGUCGUCCAACAAAGCAUGUUACAGCGCAGACAUGACUUGUCCGUCGGAAAGCGAGAAAAUCGUGAUAAACUGCGGGGGGGUGCGGCAUGAGACGUACCGGAGCACCCUGAAGACGCUGCCGGGGACCCGCUUGUCGUGGCUCACCGAGCCKGACGCCUUCAGCAACUUCGACUACGACCCCAAACUGGACGAGUUCUUCUUCGACCGCCACCCGUCGGUGUUCUCCUUCAUCCUCAACUACUACCGCACCGGCAAGCUGCACUGUCCCAACGACGUGUGCGGCCCCCUGUUCGAGGAGGAGCUGGCCUUCUGGGGCAUCGAUGAGACGGACGUGGAGGCGUGCUGCUGGAUGAACUACCGCCAGCACCGGGACGCCGAGGAGGCGCUGGACAGCUUCGAGACCCCGGAGCCGGACGCGCCGGACGACGACCCGGCUCUGGGGGGCGCCGACGGGGACCUGAAAAGACUGUGCCUGCAGGAGGACGCGAGGAGAGCCGGCUGGUGGAAGACCUGGCAGCCCCGGAUAUGGGCUCUGUUUGAGGACCCCUACUCCUCCAAAUACGCCCGGUAUGUGGCUUUUAUUUCCCUCUUCUUCAUCCUCGUYUCUAUAUCGACUUUCUGCAUGGAGACGCACGAGGCCUUCAACACCAUCACAAACAAGACUGAAAACGUCACGACUCCCAAUGGAACACGUGAGGAGAUAGUAUUCGAGGUGGUGACUGACAGCUGGUUGACAUAUGUGGAGGGUGUAUGCGUCAUUUGGUUCACCAUUGAGGUCUUGCUGAGAGUCAUCUUCUGUCCAGACAAGUUGGAAUUCUUCAAAAGUGCCCUCAACAUCAUCGACUUUGUUGCCAUCCUGCCCUUCUACCUGGAGGUUGGCCUCAGCGGUCUGUCCUCCAAAGCUGCCAAGGAUGUCCUGGGGUUUCUCCGUGUUGUCCGAUUCGUCCGUAUCCUCCGAAUCUUUAAGCUGACGCGUCAUUUUGUGGGUCUCCGCGUCCUYGGCCACACCCUUCGCGCCAGCACCAAUGAAUUCCUCCUGCUCAUCAUCUUCUUGGCCCUCGGCGUCCUCAUCUUUGCCACCAUGAUCUACUAUGCUGAGAGAAUUGGCGCUGACCCAGGUGACCCAACAGCAAGUGCCCACACCAACUUCAAGAACAUCCCCAUUGGAUUUUGGUGGGCCGUUGUGACGAUGACCACGCUGGGUUAUGGUGAUAUGUACCCGGAGACGUGGUCAGGGAUGUUGGUGGGUGCUCUGUGUGCCUUGGCUGGUGUGCUAACCAUCGCUAUGCCUGUACCUGUCAUUGUCAACAACUUCGGCAUGUACUACUCUCUGGCUAUGGCCAAACAGAAGCUGCCAAAAAAGAAGAACAAACAUAUCCCUCGAGCACCRCAACCAGGGUCCCCCAACUACUGCAAGCCAGAUGCGCUUGCAAUGGCUACUGCCUCACCACAAAGRAUCUUGGGAAAUGUCUUAGGUGGCGUAAUUGGGUCUGGAGGUAUAGGGGGGGACUGUCCUCUCGCCCAAGAAGAGAUUAUAGAGAUAAACAGAGAUUCUAAGCAGAAUGGUGACGCAGCCUCGGCAGCCUUGGCUAACGAGGACUGCCCCACCAUCGACCAGGUGCUAAGCCCAGACGAGAGGAGCCCCAUUGGGCGAGGCCCCACUCGGGAACGCUACCAGCAGGACCGCGCCUGCUUCCUACUCAACACCAGGGAAUUUCGUGCCACAGAUGGGAAUGUGCGGAAAGGUUGUGUCAUAUCACGCGUGUCGACGGGCUAUGAGAAAUCUCGUAGUCUCAAUAACAUAUCCGGAGUGACGGGGUCAGCGCUACGACUUGCUCCUAUUACUAGUCCACCAUUCGAGACCUAUGAGACCCCGGGACAACUGCGCCGCUGUCGUUCCCCUAUCCCGUCCAUUUUGUAGCAGAAUGGAUGCACGUGUUUGGAGAAUUUUUUUUAAAGUGUCGUUUAUCAGUUAUGGCCUGAUUACACGAAGAAACCGUGCGAACAAAAAGCAAUAAUGUUAAAAAAAGUAUUUGAAUGUAGAACGACUUGUAGUGUUGUGAAUUUAACAGUUUGUUGUGCAUGAAUUAGGGUUGCCAGAUGGGGCAAAGUGCAAAAUGUAGCUUCCAAAGCAAAACAUAAUGAAUAAAAAAUUAAAUAUAGGAAUUGGUUAGUAAAUCAAAUAGUGCCAGAGGUUAUAGAAAAAAAAAAAGCGUGUCUACAUUUUUAGAACUUCAAUUUGUAGAUAGACAUCCAUUUUUGUGUGUUACGUACCAAACAUGAGCUCGUUUCUGCCUUCGUAGAAAUGACCACAAAUCAAAAUGCAUAGGCUCAUUUAGCCAAAGAAAAACAAAUUCCAUUCAUAGAUUAGAUUAAAUAACUGAUAUAUUGCUUGUGAUUAACAAUGUACAAGGCAGUACAUAAUUUGAAAAAUGGUAAUUUUUUAGACCACGGUAUUAUCAUCAAGUCAUCGUAGAACUAUCUGUGGUUAGUUUGAGUUGUUAAACUAAAUGAUGUCCAGAGUAAAAAUAAAGCCAGAAACUGUAGCAUACAGAAUAAAAUUAAAUAUUUUUGUUUAGUUCAUUGCUGAUACAAUCCCAUAUAUGCAAUUGAUACAUUGCAGCAAGUAGAGAAAUGUCCAUUCAGUCAUAGGAGAAGAUAAAAGACUUUAUCAUGCAGCUGCUAAAAUAAAUCAUUAGUUGUUAUAUUUACUUUUUCAUAACUAUUUUGAAUGUAUGAAGUGUAUUGUUUAAAAAUGCUUUAUUGAGCUGUGAGGAUAAUCUGUAAAUAUCAAAAUUAUAAGUUGUAGAGUUCAUGUCAGUAAUUUUGUUUUAGUUCAUAUUGGUAUUGAGGAACAGAUCCUUUAAACUUAAACAUGUCAACUCUUUAAAGAUAAAGCUCUUUAAAUGACUUUGUCUUGGAGACACAGAGUUUAAUUUUGACCAGACUGACAAGCUAAUGGCUAGUCAGAAUGGGGCUUAAACUAAAGAGGUUUGGUGCUAUCUUAAACAACUCCAGUGUAAAUAUUUUCACAGUGGUAUAUAUGUUUUCAUGGCUUCCAAGUUCUCAUCUCAAGUACUUUUAUGGACUGAGGUAAUUCAAGCUGGAAUGACUGAAUCUUACAAAACUGACGCUGUGUAUGUUUAAAAAAUAGCAUUUGCAUCCACUGCUGUGAAAUAUUUUAGAUUCAAGUUGCUUAAGAUGGUAAUAAUCUACUUUAGUCCCAGGCCAGUUUCUAAUCGAAGGUCGUUCAAACAAUUGUCUUUGACAGGUAAGAUAUUAAUUCUUUAUAAGCGUUCCACAGAACCAUAUUACAGAAGAUUUAAACAGUUUUUAUUUAUAUCACUAGUAUUGCCUAGUUAACCACAUACCACUUGUAUUUUUAAAUGGGUGUUUAAGCUGUCAGUUGCUUUUCACACUGACAUAUAUUAUCUGUCUGAUGACACUAAAUGACUGAAUGGACCACUUAAAAUAAAUCCUAACCAGAACAGUCUCAUAAAACAUGACUGUUUUUUUAAAGGAAAUCCAAAUGCAAUGUAUUUAGAAAGCUAAUCAGAAGUUACUUUAAAAAAUGUCCAACAAAUAUACCACAUCUGUUCAGGAGGACUGUGUAAUUAGUAUAUAAAGUUAAAACAGAUACAAGCACUUUACUAACAAUCAGUACUAAUUACUAACCUUUAAAAUGUGCAUGUUGGCAUUAAAUAACAAUUACUUUCGAACAUUUGAACAGAUAGAGUGCAAGAUCGUCAAACCAAAUACGUCUCUUCAGCUUUGUCUGUUUCACUUCAUAAUUGUUUGUUUUAUUUGUCCCAUCACUUCUUUACUUUUGUUUUAAAUGUUGAUGAAAAUGAUCAAAUCAAAAAUAUGUUGAUUUAUUCUUACUAAACCAUUGAAACAAUGCAUCCAUUUUAGUCAAGUUCAUUUCAAGAUUUUAAUCUUUUCCGUACUUGUGUUAACAGAAGAGCAAAAAAAGAAAAAAAAAAGAAAAAGAAAAGAAGUCACAUUCACAUAUGCAAUAAACAUGCAAUAUUUAUUUAAUGCUGGAAAACAUGCUGUGCACAAAACAUAUAAAUAUGCAGAUAUAUUUUUACCCUAAAAAAUGUGCGCAGAAGUAGCAGAUGGUUUGGCUGUUUCACUUGUACAAAAAAAUUACGGCAUGAACCAUUUGUCAUGUUUCAUUUUAAGCCACUUUUUAAAAAAUAUGAGACUGAUGUUAUAAAACAAACCAAGGAUGAAGUUUUCCAGUUGAAAAUAAAGAACUAUCCUUAGAGUCAGGACUUUAGAAUUAAUGUCAUAAGUUCAUUUUUUUUAAUCUAUGUGCUUCCAACAAAUUUUAGAUAUGCAGCUUUUAGAUGAAACCACUUAUAUGUUUAAAUUUACGAUUGUCUGGAAGUAAAUUGUCUUUUUUAUGAUGCAGUAACUGUAAGAAUUUAGGUUUUGUAGUUUGAAUUCAAAAUUGUGAAAUCAUUUAUAGUUUCAUUAAAAUAUUUUGAUGGGAAAAAAUUCACAAUAUUUAAAUGUUGUCUGAAAACAUAAGAAAAAACAUGAUUGUUUCUUAAUUGAUUCUGUGUUUUUAUUUCAAUUUAAUGUAUAAUGCCAAUGAACUUUUACUGUUACAUGUUUUUUAAAGUUUAAUUUGAAGAAAAAAAAUGCACAUUUGUGAAAACCCAAUGAGUAGAAUGCAAGUUAACAUUGUGUUUAUGAAUUCACACGUGUUCAUCUGAACAUGAAAAGACAUUUUUACUUUGUACCGUCACUUUUCUGAGAGUUUAAAGCUUAAUUAAACAUUUUAAGCUCAACUUAUAUAGUCAUGAAUUGACUGCAAUUUAGAUGUUGUGUUUUGAGGAUGCUUUAACUUACAAUUGACUGACUCUUUUUGUUGAAAAUGUAUACAUUUUUGAAGCAAAAAAGAAAAUGUGAUGCUACAAAAGAACAAAGCCACAAUGUCUCUCCUAGUUCUGUUUAACAGUUAUAAAGGACCAUAUAUUAUUCAUAGUUUUUAUAUUUUAUCACAUUUAAUCAGUUUUAUGUUAUAACCCUUGGCUAUCUUGUGAUACAAAACACAUUGUUUCAGCCAUAAUAAAUACCUGGCACAGUCUGAGACAAUUAAUGAAGAAAAAGAGAGAACUAGGCAAAGUUGUGCCUCACUAAGGUCUUUGUAGACUCUGAUGAUAACUAAGGAUCCAUCCAUCCAUCCAUCCAUCCAUCCAUCCAUCCAUCCAUCCAUCCAUCCAUCCAUCCAUCCAUCCA